AACCUAUCCGAGUAGCUAACUAGCCCAAUUGUGAAUAUCUGUGUUGGUCGCGCAACAGCCACAGGUGUUCAGUGAUGUGCGAGGGUCCCUCCAUGAUAUCUGGGCCCAUACCCCCAGAUCCCUCCCUUUUUCCCGAAUACUACAAACGUCCUGCCUCUGGUAAGAUAGCUAAAAUGUACAGCUUUUUAAAAUCCCAAUAAUUGUUGUUAAAACACGUCACCCAGUGUCUUCCUUACACUCCCAUUCUUCUGUGGAUGAAUCUUAUCCCAGCCAGGGGUCGUCUGGAGGGGAACGCUCAUGGGACUCCAGCCCUUCUCUCUGGUCCCCUGGCACCAGACCCUGUGUUGUACCCAGGCUGCUACAGCUCCCGUGCCACCCGGCACCCCCGCAUCGGCCCUAACGCCACACACAUUCUGGAGAAGGGCCAGAGAGGGGUGAUGGGGGCCUUGCUAAGACUGGAGGGGGUCUCCCUCAGUCCCAACCCCACUAAGCACAGUAAGUCCAACGCCUACUGUUUCGUGGUAACCACAGGUCAAUGCCAUCUGCCACUUUCCUUGCCAAUUUCAAAGCCACAUUUGUGGUUGGAGUGCAUGGACAGUUUCUCAUUGUAGUACAUUGCAUGCAAGGGUGGUGACUGUCUUUUAUAUACAGGAAAAUAAAUAAAAAAGUUUCAACAGACACAAUAUAAGACUGUGUUCCCUUUCUCUAAUUCCCUGUAUUCUCUGUCUGUCCCACAGAGCAGCUGGUGCGUGACUACGGAAAGGAGAACGUGCGUCGGCUGAGGGAGAUCCAGAGACGCUGCAGAGAGCAGGAGGCACAGAGGGAACACUCCCGUCCCGUCCCGGUCAAAGCCCUGUGGAGCUCCCCUAAAUACCAGGACAUCCCCUCCAGGGUCAUGGCCCAGCUACAGGUGAGGGGGACUGGGAGAUAGGCAGCCGUUUGUUUAGUGCACUGGGGGCUUCCACACCAAGCAUAGACCUGUGCCAGUUAGUUCAAAUUAUAAGGAUGUCCAGACUCCAGGGAUGCUGGGCCUUCCUCUUAUAACAAACCAGGGCACCACCAUUAGCGUGGUAUUUUUAUUUUUGUCAUAAUGUGGGAUCGAUCCUACGUGGCUGUAGUGAUGACCAUGGCACAACCCACAAUCUCUUUACAUCCUCUCUCUCUUCCUUCUGCAGGAGACCAGCCCUCCUAUGAAGCCGGAGUGUCAGAACUUUUUGAAGGCACAUUCUAUCUGUGGCUCUGCUGGCCCCCCGAGACCAAAGCGUGCCCUCUCACCCUCCACAAGACCAAGCCGUGCCCCAUCGCCGUCCCCCUCACCUCGCUCAGCCUCCCAAAACCAUACAGGGAACCAGAGUUUACAGGUGAGAUAGGUACAGUGAGGGAAAAAAGUAUUUGAUCCCCUGCUGAUUUUGUACGUUUGCCCACUGACAAAGAAAUGAUCAGUCUAUAAUUUUAAUGGUAGGUUUAUUUGAACACUGAGAGACAGAAUAACAACAAAAAAAUCCAGAAAAACGCAUGUCAAAAAUGUUAUAAAUUGAUUUGCAUUUUAAUGAGGGAAAUAAGUAUUUGACCCCCUCUCAAUCAGAAAGAUUUCUGGCUCCCAGGUGUCUUUUAUACAGGUAACGAGCUGAGAUUAGGAGCACACUCUUAAAGGGAGUGCUCAUAAUCUCAGCUUGUUACCUGUAUAAAAGACACCUAUCCACAGAAGCAAUCAAUCAAUCAGAUUCCAAACUCUCCACCAUGGCCAAGACCAAAGAGCUCUCCAAGGAUGUCAGGGACAAGAUUGUAGACCUACACAAGGCUGGAAUGGGCUACAAGACCAUCGCCAAGCAGCUUGGUGAGAAGGUGACAACAGUUGGUGCGAUUAUUCGCAAAUGGAAGAAACACAAAAGAACUGUCAAUCUCCCUCGCACUGGGGCUCCAUGCAAGAUCUCACCUCGUGGAGUUGCAAUGAUCAUGAGAAUGGUGAGGAAUCAGCCCAGAACUACACGGGAGGAUCUUGUCAAUGAUCUCAAGGCAGCUGGGACCAUAGUCACCAAUAAAACAAUUGGUAACACACUACGCCGUGAAGGACUGAAAUCCUGCAGCGCCUGCAAGGUCCCCCUGCUCAAGAAAGCACAAAUACAUGCCCGUCUGAAGUUUGCCAAUGAACAUCUGAAUGAUUCAGAGGAGAAGUGUUGUGGUCAGAUGAGACCAAAAUCGAGCUCUUUGGCAUCAACUCAACUCGCCGUGUUUGGAGGAGGAGGAAUGCUGGCUAUGACCCCAAGAACACCAUACCCACCGUCAAACAUGGAGGUGGAAACAUUAUGCUUUGGGGGUGUUUUUCUGCUAAGGGGACAGGACAACUUCACUGUAUCAAAGGGACGAUGGAUGGGGCCAUGUACCGUCAAAUCUUGGGUGAGAACCUCCUUCCCUCAGCCAGGGCAUUGAAAAUGGGUCGUGGAUGGGUAUUCCAGCAUGACAAUGACCCAAAACACACGGCCAAGGCAACAAAGGAGUGGCUCAAGAAGAAGCACAUUAAGGUCCUGGAGUGGCCUAGAGAGUCUCCAGACCUUAAUCCCAUAGAAAAUAUGUGGAGGGAGCUGAAGGUUCGAGUUGCCAAAUGUCAGCCUCGAAACCUUAAUGACUUGGAGAAGAUCUGCAAAGAGGAGUGGGACAAAAUCCCUCCUGAGAUGUGGGCUAACUACAAGAAACGUCUGACCUCUGGGAUUUCCAUCAAGGGUUUUGCCACCAAGUACUAAGUCAUGUUUUGCAGAGGGGUCAAAUACUUAUUUCCCUCAUUCAAAUGCAAAUCCAUUUAUAACAUUUUUUGUUGUUAUUCUGUCUCUCACUGUUCAAAUAAACCUACCAUUAAAAUUAUAGACUGAUAAUUUAUUUGUCAGUGGUCAAACGUACAAAAUCAGCAGGGGGUCAAAAAAAUGUUGCCCUCACUGUACCUUAAAAUAGCCCAAACUGACUGAAUUAAUGAUGGACUCCACUGAAAUGUAAACAUAUAUUUAUCCAAUGAGUGUAUAUUUUAGCUGUGUAUUUGCACAUCUACCCCCAAACCUUGCCCUCUAUGGUUGGAACCUCCACAGCUGAAGGUUUUUAAUAACAAAGAGACACCUUUUUAUUCAACGUCCAAUUACCUCCAAAUGUGGCUGAGCAGAAUAUCUCUUCUGUACUCUGUCUGUUUCUGCCAAGGAACAAUAUUAAAAAUAAAUGUGGUAUGAUUCUUUCAUGAUGUGCUAUCCUCUGAGCCCAAAUGCAUACUUAAUGAAUUAGUAUAUUCAGUUGCAGGUGCAGGGCAGGAUGGUGGACUUUGUGAGCCACAACGCGCAGGCUGCAGGGAAGACAGUCCUCCGUCGCUCCCAGUCAUUGACCAACCUGAGGAACAGUCAGCCCCUGCCCAGCGCCGUCAAGGGACAGGUGCCUCAGUAGUAAGUACACUGAACCAAUAUACAUUAUCCUCCUCUAACUGCACAUAACAACAAGUCUAUCUUGCAUUCAAAAGUGGAAGUCACUGGAAGUAGCAAAUAUUCACUCCAGAUCCAAUAAUUCUGCCUCAUAGUUACAAAGCAUACUUUUUUCUGACACUAUGAAUCAUUCUCUCUCUCUCUCCCUCUCCCUCUGUCUAUCAGCCUUGAGGAGCGGAAGGAGCAGUGGCGAAGGGAGGAGGAGGAGAAGAGGAGGAACAUUCCUGAUCCAUCCAUCCCAGCUGGUCACACCCUGAUGCCAGAGAGGGAGAGACAGGAGACCCUGGAGUCACUCAAAGAGAGUAGGGAUUUUACCACAAACACUUUUACAUUAUUUGUCUUAUGCCUAGUCUUUUUCAAGUUGCUUAGUAUGUAUACAUCAGCUCAAAUAAUGGUAUUUACUAUUGAAAAGAUGGUGUGUAUUUCUGUUGAACCUUCAGAUCAAGAUGGAUGCUCUUUUCUCUUUUGUCUCUCUCUCUUCUUCCAGCCCAUCGGUCUCUGGUGAGUGAGCUGCUGUCUCUUCCAGUCAGAGCCGACUCUCUGGGUGUCCGUUCCCGUCGUGCUCAGCUGGACCGCAGGCUCUCUGAGGUGGAGGAGGCCAUCAAGAUCUUCUCCAGGGACAAAGUCUACGUCAAGACAGACUCCUAACACAAGAGGAGGCCUGCCUGGAUCUUAUUCACUAGGCAAGAUCGUGGGAGAAAACAUUCUGAAAGCCUGGGAGACACUAUUUGAACUUGUCCUAUGAAGGCUAUUUUUAUUUUUUGUUCUCUCCUUUACGUGCCUACUGAAAGUGAUCCUGCAGUCUAAGAGGCUGCUGGGAAAUAGCCUAGACUCUAGAGCUAUUAUUAAUGUAAUCUAUAAAGAGGGAGAUUGUAAAAUGAAGUGAUUUAUUUAUCCUGUGACACUAAGCAGGAUGCAUUCACUAGCGCUUGACUUCCAAUGGCCUACUACUGAAUGUAUUAUAAUAACAUUUAUUGUAUAUAGCGCUUUACAUUACAAACAAGAAUCUCAAAGUUGCUUUGAAAAUAAAAACAAAUGUAGGGAUCUGACAGUUCAUGGUUGAUGGUCUUUCACAGCUUCAGAUGUAGAGGCAUUUGGGAAAGGCAGUCAGUAGCAGUAGCUUGAGCAGAGGGAGCAUCGAUGAUACAGACAGGCAGGGAGAAAACUUCAGUCAGAUACUUUUCUUAGGAGGGCAAUUAGGCAGCCCUACUGUAAACCAAGCACUUCUGUUGGCAGAGAAUGUACUUCACUGUAGUGGUGUGUGUGUAAUGCCCAUUUUAGCUGACUCAGAAUCAUAUAAACUUGGAACUGGCUGAAAUGUGAUGUCCAAACUGGGUUGAUUGUCUUGUUUUUGUCAUUUUGUGUUUCAUUAAACUUUGAGGGUGUUUUUAUAGUGCCUCGUCAUAUGAAUGUGAG